CGACAAUUGUAUCCUGGAAUCAAUGAGUCAUCUUGAAGUUGAAUUGAAGUCAGUAGUAAUCUCCAAGUGAGGGAUCAUGUAGAUAAGCAAAUUUUUGUUGACGAGGCUUUUAAGGAUAAGUUGGCUAGACUAGCAACUUAUGACAGACAAAUUAAUGCACAAGGUUGGCAUGGGAAAACAUAAUGCACAUUUGCAAAUAAUGCCAUGCAUGGGGAGUUGCUGGAAAUUAGAAUGGCAGUGGAGAAUGAUUGGAAGAGAAUAGUUGUUUUCUAAGAUUGCUUGGUAGCAGUCAAAACUUUGUCAGCUGGGAAAAGGUUAUCAAAUGGGUGCUAUUGGAGUUUGUCAGAAGUUCUUAGCCUCAUUACUAGAUUCAGGUUUUGUAGUUUUAAUUAUGUUAGAAGAACCGAUAAUAGUUUAGCUGAUGGUUUGGCAAAGCAAGCUAGAAUAUAGCCAAAAUGCCAUUGUUUUUCAUAGGGAGGGACCCCUCUUGUGGUACCCAUUUUUUUUUUAAGUUAAUGAACACUUUUCAUUCUUGAAAAAAAAAUUAAUACCCAAAUUGAUUUCAUCUAUAAUUCACAAACCCAACUCUUAUACAAUUAAAAAAACCAGCUCUUUGUUCUAAAAAAAUCAAACCAAAUUUCAAUAUCACAUCUCAAAAUCAAAACAUAUAUCCUUUCCUUGUUUUUUUCCUUCUUCCUCAAACAGUCACUCAUUUCCAUCAUUUUCCCUCUUUCUCACAGAUCCAUGGUCGUCGGCUCUGUAGACACGAGACCCACCUUCACCCACCUCAAACGAGCCCAUGCCUCACCCACGAUGACUCCUGCAACCUAGAAAUGAGCAUCGUCGACAAUGACUCUUGUAUCCUAGAUCCACGACCCAGAAGGAGCCACUGCCCCUCCUCCCUAAAGGGCUUCUGCUCCCUCACCUUCAGAUCCACGACCCAGAACCAUGACCUCUACAAGAAAAGUCGAGAUAUACCAAGCUUCAUCAUCACUCUCCUCAAAGUUCCACUCAUCACCUCUUCCAACCCAGGUCGAGAUCUGCCCAAGCUCUCCUCUAAGGUCAAACACAUAUAAAUAUUGUGGUGUUAUAUAAUGGAUCGUGGGAACAAGUUUUGAACGAAGGUUGGUCAUUUAGUGCUAAACAAAGCAAGGGUAUGAAGGUGCCAAAGACUAUCACUUACAAUAGUCUUGUUGAUCAAUUGUAUACUUUAAUCGGAGCUGACAAGUCUCGUAUUGAUCUUGACUUAAAUGUAAUCUAUCAUUUUGGAAGUAAAGGUAUCCCUUCAUCUUUGAUUAGUAAUGAUGAUGAUGUUGCUUUUUUUCUUGAUGAGAUAGGAACAUCUAUCAAUCAUCGGACACCCCUAUGUGUGUCUACUAUAGAGAAGAGAAGAAAUGAUCAUUUGGUUACUAAAACACGUGAGUUGUAUACUAUUCCUCAAGUUGAAACCAAAGUGAAUGAUGAUUUUUGCAUUGAUGGCAAUGAAGACAGUUGUGAUGAUGAUAAUAAUGAUGCAGAUGGUAAUGAAGACAAUUGUGAUGAUGAUGAUAAUAAUGAUGCAUUAAGCUCAGAUGAUAAUGAAAAUAUUGAUAGGCCUACCUACAAUGAUAUACUUGUGAAGCAUAAUUUACAACAGUCAACCUCCAAUGAAGUAUUGAAGAGCCAUGAUUCCUCAAAUAAUAGAGGUCGUAAAGUAAGACAGGUUGGUGAAGAUAAUCUAUGGAGUACUCCACUUUUGUUGAAUCAAGGGGAAAAAGGCUCUACUUCAGCCUCAACAGCUCAAUUACUGACAUCUUCUUCGAGUAUCAAUUCGUGGGAAAUAAAAGAGGGUCAAAUAUUUGAGAACAAGCAAGAGUUGAAGAUGAAACUCCAUCUUUAUGCAUUAAAGAAAAACUUUGAGUUUAAAGUAAAGAAGUCUGCGAAAAAUAUAUAGUGUACAGUAUGUGUUGAUGAUAAAUGCAAAUGGAGGUUGAGGGCUACAAAAUUGGUUAAUUCCAAUAUGUUGGAGGUUCGUAAAUUUUUCGGUGAACACACAUGUUCAUUGGAUGUUCGACAUAAAGAUCACCAUCAGGCAUCCCCAUGGCUUAUUGGACAUGUCAUAAGGAGAAAAUUUGAGGGUGAUAAUGUUAAUUACAAGCCAAGGUCAAUUGUAAAAGAUAUGAGUUUAUCAUAUGGAGUUCAUAUGAGCUAUGCUAAAGCUUGGAGGUGUCGAGAGCAUGCAUUGGCUUACAUAAGAGGUGCACCAGAAUCAUCAUUUCAAAAACUUCCCUCAUUUCUAUACAUGAUGGAGCAAAAAAAUCCUGGAACUGUUACUCAUUUGCAGAUGGACAAUGAAGGUAGGUUCAAAUAUUUCUUCAUGGCCUUAGGUGUUUCUAUAAUGGGGUUUAAAACAUAUAUUCGCCCAGUUAUAUGUGUAGAUGGAACCUUCUUGACUACUCAGUGUGGAGGUACUUUGUUAUGUGCCAUGGGACAAGGUGCUAACAAACAAAUAUAUUCAAUUGCAUUUUCAGUAGUUGACUCAGAGAAUAAUGACUCAUGGUUGUAUUUUCUAUUGAGGUUGAAGGAAGCGAUUGGUGAAGUGGAGAAUCUAGUAUUCGUGUCUGAUAGACAUACUAGUAUAGCAAGUGCCUUGACUAAAAAAAUUUCUAAGGCACACCACGGUGCUUGUAUACAUCAUGUUAGCGUGAAUAUUUAGGUGAAGUUCAAACUGACCAUUGCCAUGAAGAAUUCUUCGUUGCAGCGAAAGCUUAUAGAAAGCGAGAGUUUUUACCCCAUUUUGAGAAGAUUAAAUUCAAAGAUCUUGCAAUUGCUCAAUACUUAGAGAAUCAAGUGGGUUUUGAAAAUUGGGCUCGUUCUUUCUUUCCUGGUCAUCGAUAUAAUUUAAUGACUACAGGUAUUGCCGAAAGCUGGAACAAUGUCAUUGCUGAGGCACGUGGGUGGCCAAUUACUUGUCUUAGGGAAUUUAUGAGGCACACUUUACAAAAAUGGUUAUUCGAGCAUCGAACUGCAGCAUCAGCGGCUACAGGUCCUCUUGCCACAGAAGUGGAAGCUGAUUUGCGAAAGUUAGCAGACAAGUCCACUACCUCGUUCCCUUUUCCGUCUAGUCAGUAUGAAAUACAGUAUUGGAUGGUGAUCUUGAUGGAGAUGUCGACCUGAGGAGGAAAACAUGUAGUUGUAGAAGAUUUGAUUUGACAGGUCUUCCUUGUGAACACGCUCUAGCUGGUGCUCGAGAUCGUGGCAUUAGUCCAUAUAGUUUAUGCUCCAGAUUCUACACAGUUGAAGCGUGGUUGUCAUCCUAUGGUGGAUCUGUAUAUACGCUGGGUAAUGAAGAAUCUUGGGUGGUACCAAAUGACAUAGGAAGUAUGAUGAUAGCUCCUCCUUUAGUGAAGCAAAAGGCUGGUCGUCCAAAGAAGAAACGACGUUUAUCAAAGGGUGAGAAGAAUAGCAAACAACAUAGAUGUAGUAGAUGUGGUGUCCUGGGCCACAAUCAAGUGACGUGCACCAUUGUUUGUCCCCCGCCGUUUAGACAUGCUUAGUUUGUACUUUUAUUGUUUUACUUUGUACUCUUCAAUUGCGAAAUUUGAAUUUUUA